AUGGAGGCGGACGUACUGAACGCGCUGACCACGCAGACGGCGUACAUGCCGGGCGGUCGGGAUAGGGACGGCCAUCCGCUGGUCGUCAUCCCAGUGCCAUUCUACGACAACCUGCCCUGGAUGAAGGGGUUUCUCGAGACGACCGUGCGGUACCUGUUGGCCAGCCUUAGUCCGGAUACGGUCAGCAGUGGACUGGCGGUCAUCCUCGACGCCCAGAAGUGCUCCUGGCGUUCGGCUCGCCAGUACAUCCGACACGUCCAGCAGCUCCUAGGCGAACCGAUGAACAGCUUUCUCGUCAUCCGGCCGGAUGCGUUCUGGGAUAAGAAUCGCGUGGAAAACUGCGCACGGCAACACCGCAAGGGCGAGCCAACCAUUAUAUCCAAAUCCCGCCUUGUGAAAUAUUUCGACACUAGUGAGCUGCCGGAAGAGUUGGGAGGUAUCAUCACCUAUAACCACGAGCACUGGAUACAAUCCCGUGAGCGCAUCGAAGAAUUCCGAAAAUCCUACGAUAAAGCGCUCGGUGACCUAGAAAACCUGCAUCUCAUCUUGCUGGACAACCGGACGGUUCGGGCGAGCGAGUCCGCGGCGGCACUCCAGUCCUGCCAGCAGCUCAACGUCGAUGUGCAAAAAUUUCUCUCCCUCGUUAUGGACAGCGGUAAGAAGCUGUUGUCUCACUUGAGUGAUCUGCAUAGCUCCAAGACGGCCCUUUCGCAGGAUCUAAGCGACGGCAAGUCGCAGGUCGAAACCAUGCUGAACGCUCUCGAUCGUAAGCAGACAUCGGUGAACCAGGCCUGGACGGAGCUGGAACGCACGGUCGAGGUACUCCGGGAAUUGGCGACCCUGGAGGAGGGCGUAUCGCACGUCACAAGCUGGAUUCUCACCACGGCCGAGGCGAUGCUGAACGCCCAGCUGAAGGUCGGCUACGAUGUGAACACUGCCGACAAACUCCGACUGGAGCACGAAAUUCUCGAGCUGCAGUGCUGGAAGACGUACGGGUUCUACGCCGAGCUGCUGUACAAGAUCGAUCACUUUCCACGCCAGAAGGACACGCCAGCCUUUCAGGAUCUACUCUCACAGCGCGAGUGGAUGGACUUCGUCUGUCGGAGUUUCGCCCAGCGGCUCGAACGGAGGCGAAACGUGCUGAUCACCUCGGUGCGCUUCUUUCGCCUGGUGGCGGAGUACUUCGACAAGACUAGCGAGGUGUUCCAGUCGCUGAUCAUGGGGGAGCGGAUCGAGGACUACGAGCUGGCAAGUGGCAACCUUCAGAAGUUGAAAGAAAACCAAAUUAUGUUAGAAAUGGUAGAGAAAGAGAUCAUAAAGGAAGGGGAGAAGCUGAGUGACGUGCUGCUAAUGCCGGUGAAGGAUGCAGUAGGGCGAGACAUCGACGUGGACUACAGCGACGACAUUGGGAACGUGCGGGAUAUACUGGACGCAACCAAGUCCCGGUCGCGCAUCUUCGCUGAGAGCGUGGAGUUGCAGAAGUUGACGCUCGAUCAGAUUACGCACAUCUUCAAGUACGAGCAGGACGCCCGGACGGCGAUCCAAUGGAUGGACGAUCUGUACAAGGUGAUGCUCCGAUCGCACACGCACGUUGGUAGCAGCGUGUACGAGAUUCAGUCGCAGAAGGACGACCACCAAACCUUCCAGGAGACGGCCAAAGGCACGUACAACUAUGGUUGCCAGCUGCUGAACGCAUCGCUCGCCCUGCGUCAGUCCUGCAAGCUCGAAACGGAGCAGAACAUCGCGAUGACCAAGAACCUGCAGCGGACGUGGAAGUCCUUCCAGGCGGUGGCCCAGGAACAGCUGACCCGGCUGCGGGUAUCGGCCGUGUUUCACCGGAGCGUCGAGGAGCACUGCACGAAGCUGUACGAGCUGAAGGAGUGCGUGCUGCGGAUCGGGGAGAUCGAGGAGAUUGGCAAGCGGAAGGUGCGCCUGCGCAAAUAUCUGGCGACCCGCGAGCGGCUGCUGGUGGAAGUGGGACGCAUGGUGCGGCUGGGUCGACUGCUCAAGACAAGACUGAAGGAACCGUUCCUGUUGGACGACCGGGUUGACGCAAUGGCCAGUCCGGAGAAUAUCAUUACCGAAAGUGAUAACAUUAUGGCGUGUGAAGCGAUCUCGACCCGUUUGAUGGAGGUGGCUCGUGUGGCGGAAUCGUUGGACAGUGUGCUGAGUGAUGUGCAGGGCGGCUUUGACGAAGAGGUGGAGGAGCUUACCAGCACCGAAGCGGUGGACGGGGCGGAGGCAGCCCUCGGAAAACGUAGCGACAGUGGCAACCAGAGUGAUGAUUGGAGCUCAAGCAUCAAGUCCACCGACGAAGGGUCGUUCGUGACGGCAUCGGACUGUAUCUGUACGCCACAGUCGAGGUCCUCGUCCUACCAUACCGCCUCGGAGUGUCGAGCAUCACCCUGGUGGGGCGUGGAAUCGAUCGAGCAGCAGAGCUCGCUAGAGAAUGACUCCUCGGAGGAUCCCGAUCCCGAGGCAUUCCCAUCGAUCAAGCUACUGUCCGGCGUGGUGAUGACGUCGAACGCGAACCUUACGUUCGACGAUUCCGACAACAGCUUCCUGACUCCCGUCAACUCGCACGGUACGGCCGACAGUGUGGCCGAUUCUCAUCCAGACUCGGACGACACGGUGCCGACGGCCGGUUCGAGCACCGCACGAGACCAUCAGCCUAGUCCACUCGAGACCAGCUCCGCGUCCAGCUCGGCCCUGAACUCGAUCAACCGGCGCGAAAACCUGGCCCUUUCGCUUACCCCCGAGGAGCUGGCUCAGAUCGAGAACGACAUCCGGAACAAUAAUCUGUCCUCGGGCUCGGUGCCCUCGGAGCUAGUCGGCAAGGAAAUCCAGAGCGCGCAGGUAACACCAACGAGCGAGGAUAGCGGAAAUGUGAGUACAAGUAGCGUUAAGCUGGAUGGCGAACUGGAUUCAGCCGGAUUGACGCCGAGCCCGGAGCGGGGUUUGAGCGAGUCGACCCGCUUCCAGCCGGUUAAGGGACCAGCUGAUAUCUCCGGUCUGACAUACUAUUAUCAAAACAUUAUCACCAAACACACGGUGAAGAGCUGCCUCUGAGUGGGAAAGGAAGAAAAUCAACAAACAGAGAACUUUAAUAGUUUGCUGGGAGCUAUUUCGAAUUAAAGAACGUCUGUCAAAGAAUCGCUAGGAACGUUAGGAUUGCAGCAAACGGAAGCAAAGUGUUUGGCAUGCAUGGAGCGAGUGUGCAAUUUGGGUGUGCUUGCCUUUUAAUAGCGUUAAAAUAGAAUACUAGUUUUAAC